AGUUGCGAGAAAAGAACGAACCCUUGUUUUCGCUUCUCGACCGGAAGAUCGGCUACUGGUUCGAUUCUCGUUGACCCUUUCUUCCGGCGACUGGUUGUUUAUCCGGCACCGAAUUCACAUCUUCAAUCUUUAGAAAAAAUAUGCAUGCCAAUGUGCCAACUUUUCAUUCGGAACCUAUCCUUGCUAGUUACUACAGAAAUGAAUCACAAUCAGCAAUCAAACGAUGUUAGGCAUGAUGAUGAAAACACACUCUCGGAAUUUCUUGCUUCCUUAACGGAUUACACCCCAACUAUUCCCGAUGAAUUGGUGGAACACUACUUAGCCAAGAGUGGAUUCCAAUGUCCAGAUGUUCGAAUAACCAGGCUAGUAGCUGUCGCUGCACAAAAGUUUGUGUCCGACGUUGCGACUGAUGCUCUUCAACACUGUAAGGCGAGACAGGCAGCUGUUGUCAGGGACAAAAAAGACAAACAGCAAAAGGAUAAGCGUCUAAUUAUGAACAUGGAGGACCUCUCUAAGGCUCUUCAAGAGUAUGGUGUAAAUGUUAAACAUCAGGAGUAUUUUGCUGAUAACCCUUCAGCUGGACUAGAAUCCUCUUCAAAAGACGAGUAAGUCCGCUUGCUGUUAUGGUUUUAGCAUUUUUAGAUAGAUAAAACUGAAUGCUUGUGUAAUUAAGGAACUACUGAUGUAUUUGAGCAUGCAUGGAUCAUGUCAAUACUCCUUUGAUGGAAAAAUGUAUCUGAACCUUGUUUAGUUAUUGUGCAAAAGUGUGUUAAAUACA